AACAUCAUGAAAGGUAUAAAUGUGUCAGAUGCCUCCCUGCAAACUGUGGUGAUACAGACAUCAUGAAGUUUGUGGUUCUUGCUCUCUUUGUUGCUGGUGCCUAUGGGUGCGGCCUGCCCACCUUCCCCCCUGUGGUGAGCAGGGUGGUUGGAGGAGUGGAUGCCAAACCUCAUAGCUGGCCUUGGCAGAUUUCCCUGCAGUACAACAGACAGGGCGAGUGGAGACACACCUGUGGAGGAACUCUGAUCUCCAACCAGUGGGUCCUCACCGCAGCUCACUGUAUCAGCAAAGGCAAGGAGUACAGAGUGGCCAUGGGAAAGCAAAACCUGAUCGAGACAGAGGAGGGUGCUGUGUUCAUGACCCCUGCUACUAUUGUUGUACAUGAGAAGUGGAACCCCUUGUUCAUCCGUAAUGACAUCGCCCUGAUCAAGCUGGAGUCCCCCGUCACCCUCUCUGACAGCAUCAUGCCUGCUUGUGUCCCCGCUGCUGGCCUCAUCCUCCCCAACAACUAUCCCUGCUACGUCACUGGGUGGGGUCGCAUCUCCACUGGAGGUCCCAUUGCUGACAUCCUGCAGCAGGCUCUCCUGCCCGUGGUGGACCAUGCCACCUGCAGCCAGUCUGACUGGUGGGGUCCUCAGGUGAAGGAGACCAUGGUCUGUGCAGGUGGAGAUGGAGUUGUGUCCGGUUGCAACGGCGACUCUGGUGGCCCUCUGAACUGCCAGAACACUGACGGUGCCUGGGAGGUUCACGGCAUCGUCAGCUUUGGCUCCGGCCUCAGCUGCAAUUUCCCCAAGAAGCCCACCGUCUUCACCCGCGUCAGCGCCUACAUCGACUGGAUCAACUCUAAAAUGGUGGCCUAUUGAGAGGAAAAGCUUUUGGGAUCAAAGCCUGCAUGGGCACAUACCACCUAAAUAAAAUGAAAAUGACAUAAAA